AUGCAUAGAAUAUCAGGAAAAUCUAACAACUGUCUUUUUAAGCAUCCCACAAUUGCUGAAAACUUACAAAUACCAGAUGAAUUUGCGAAGCAACAAAAGCAGGAGGGCGCAUGGUGGCGUCAUUCCAUUUCUGGUGGAUUUGCUGGUGCCAUUUCGCGUACAUGCACAGCACCAGUAGAUAGGAUAAAACUAUAUAUGCAGGUCCAAAACCAGAAGACUUCCAUAUACGAUGGUGUAAGUUAUUUGAUUAGAGAGGGAGGCGUACGAAGUAUGUGGCGCGGCAAUGGUGUUAAUGUAUUAAAAAUUAGUUCAGAUUCGGCAAUAAAGUUUACCAUCUACGAGAAACUGAAACAUUACAUAAGAACGGAGAGAGACUCACGUCAAGGGGAAAUGAGUAUUGGUGAACGAUUCGUUGCCGGCGCUCUUGCGGGUACCAUUUCACAAAGUGCGGUUUAUCCAUUUGAUGUCAUGAAAACACGCUUGGCACUGCAUGAGCCCCAUCAAUAUCGCGGCUUAAUAGGUGCGGUUAAAAAAAUCUACUUGACCGAAGGUAUACUGAGCUUUUACAAUGGCUACGCUAUAAAUGUAAUAGGUGUCAUACCAUAUGCCGGUAUUGAUCUGGCCGUAUACGAAACUUUAAAAAAGCAUUUGAAAUGCGAAAAAGCAAAUCAAUCGCAUUCCUUAAAUUUAUUACUCUGCGGUACUAUAUCCAGCAUACUGGGACAGGUAAUUACCUAUCCAUGUUCACUGAUUCGAACACGAAUACAAGCGCAAGUUAUUUUGAGAGAUAUACCACGCACUGGCCUAUCACGCAGACCUGUAAACAGAAAGACUUCGUACCAGUUAUUUCGAACGAUUAUCGUAAACGAAGGUUUAACUGGAUUAUAUCGCGGCUUAUUUUUAAAUUUAGUCAAAGUUGUGCCUGCUGUCUGCAUUAGUUAUAUUGUCUACGAGUAUUCCAUUCGGACUUUGGGCGUAACCAUGAGUUGAUUAGAGUCUACCAAUAAAUAAAUGCUCGCAAAGUGAUUGUGGCUUGUUUAACUUAAUUUUAAAACA